CUUCCCUUAAGGGCAUGAAGGGCCACUCUACCGCUUAUCUCUAUGGCUGAAACGCUUGGUACGCUUUCAAGAAUGAGGUGCGUUCCCGCCUCACUUUUAGGUGAAGAAUGGCAGUAAGUUUGGAGCGCGCCCUUCUUCCCUCCCGUUGAAAAUUUUUCUGCUUUUGAAGCUAUCCACCAGACAAAUCCUUGUCUCGGCGCACAUUCAUGGCCUCUUACCGGUCUCAUGGUUGGCUACCACGAAAAAAACUAUAGAUGGCGCUCCCGGAGAGGGAGGGAGCGUCGAAAGAGGGAACCCUUACUUAAGAUGGCGGUCGAACGGACCUCAGUGGAGAUGGCAGCCCGCGAGAAACAGUGCCCUCAAUCAAAAUGGCGGCCAAUGAAAAGAGACGCUCAUCCCCCGCGGGUACGGCGGCGGCCGGGACCGGUCAGGGCCGGUCGGCCUUGUCAACGAACGGCGUCGCCGAGGGCGAGGCGGAAUUCCUCCUACAGUCCGGCGUGACCGACAUGGUGCGAGAGGCUCUCCUAAAAGUGCUCGAAGCCCGGCCGGAGAAGCCCGUCGAUUUCCUAGCCGGCUAUUUCGAGGAGCUGAUGCAGAGUAGCCCGGAGGCGGCGACGGAGGCCUUGUCGGACGGCGGAGACCCCCAACGGCAGCUGCGUCUCGACCGGGCCUUGUGGUAUCUGGGCCUGGCUCACCAUUCCCACAGGACGGCCUUUAACAACAACGUCCACUCCGCCUACGACGUUCUCAGCGCUGGGGCCAAGGGCAAGAAACCCGGUGUGGACGGGAAGACCUACAGCGAGCUCCUGCGGCUGCUGUGCCAAGAGAGGGCCGCCUCCGACGAGACCCUGCAGCCCCUCCUGCAGAAGGUCUCUUGCCGAGACCACGAAGCGGUGCCCUUCGACAUCUUCCGCUACGGCCUCCUCACCUGCCUGAUCCUCCUGGAGUUCCUGGCCAAGGCUGACAGUCUCUACGACGCUCUCGAUGACGGCUCGGAUGCCGCCGACAAAAGGGUCUGCACGGCCGUCUUGGGCACCCUGGAAGACGCCCUCCACAUAACCGAUGCCUCUCCUCCCAUCCGGUGCUUGGAAGCCGGAUCCAAGCUCAGGCCAGACUGCUUGGCGAUGGCGAUGGACCGGGCGCUGUUGGAGAGGAAAGCCAGCGCGGCCAUGAAGAAGGACAAGUUCCUCAAGAGGGCUGCGUCCAUCUUCGUUACAAAAGUGAAGUCCGUUCACUAAACGGGGCAGGGAGCGACGUGGUUCUUCUCUCUGGCUUUCCUGAGCGGCAGAAAAUCUAUGAUGCUACAGGGGUGCAAAUGGACACGGACAAAGGGGGGAUCCCCCAGAAUCGGUUUGCUUAGAGUUUGCCCCUCUAAGGCAGGGGUGGCGAAGUAGGGCUCCUUUAGGACCCGUGGACUUCAACUCCCAGAAUUCCUCAGCCAGCAAAGCUUUGCUGGCUCAGGAAUUCUGGGAGUUGAAGUUCACAAGUCUUAAAGUUGCCAAGAUUGGAGACCCCUGGGCUAGAAGAUCUUCAGGGUCGCUUCCAAUUCUGUUAUCCUCUUUUAAGUUCUAGCCAAAC